AUGUCCGAAUCCUACUCUAGCUCUUCUUCCUACUUCUACAGCUCUUCGAGCAGCACCGACGACGGCACCACCGCUACCGGUCAGCGCUAUGCUACCUAUUCUCAGACUGAACCGGAUGGAACCACGACUGUUCGCACUUACCGUCAAGACCUCGGCGAGCCGGCUAUCGUGGAUGAGAAACAUUAUGACCAAACCGGUCGGCAAUUGACUGCAGGUAACUCUUCGGCUGGGGGAGGCUUGGGUUAUUCUGGUGUGAUGGUCUAUAUCUAUUUGAUGGGAGGUUGA